AUGGCGGCGACAACCAAGCAAAGCGAUCUGCAAUGGGCGAAAGCGUCACCGAGGACCUAUGAGCGGGGCCUGGACGACAUGGAAAAGUUCUUCGCCCUUGCCGGAGAAGGCGGCGUGGGUGCAACCGACGGCCAGCAUUGGCAUAUUGCGGUAAUGGCCAAGAUCAACACGACUGGUGUCGACUUGAAGAGAGACGUGCCAAUGGCGUGGAAAGCGCUCCGACGAAUCAAUCCUUGUUUGUCGGCAGUCGUCCAUGGCGAUCGCUUGGUUUACACCGUUGCGGACGAGGCAGAGCUUGAAUCGUGGCUCAAAGACACGCUCCACUUCCACGACACUACUGGCACAUCCCGCGACAUAUUUCCUAUUAGGAACCUCACGGGACGUGCUGCCCUCCACGUCCUGCUCCAGACGCAGGAGCUUUACCUGCUGGCCCCCCAUACCCACCUCGAUGGAAUCGGCGCUUACACAGCCAUGAACAACCUCGUCCAAGCCUUGGCUGUGGCUGCCUCGUGUACCGACAGCCCGAAACUAGGUGGCGAUGAAGUACAAUAUCUGGUUCCUCCACUGAACGUCCUUGCCGACAUUCCUGUCGCGACGGACGCCAACAAGGCCACCUUCAAGACCAUGCUGGGCAGCUGGAUGGCUGGCUUUGCUGGCAUCAAGCUUCAACUGAAUGAUACCAAGCAGCCUUGCCGGGAUCCGAAGGUCCUUUACGCCCCAUUCGACGUCUCUGAGAGCAAACGAAUCGUGGCAAGGUGCAAGGAGCUGGGGUUCACAGUCACUGCGGCAGUGCAGGCGGCUGUGUCCAUCGCCCUACGCAAGCAGGUUCAGUCGACUGCCACCAUCCAGAGCGCCGUCACCAUCCAUGACGUUCGCAAAUGGGUCGACAAGACCAAGUAUCCGGCCACCAGUCUCGUCGGACCGCUGGCCGUCCCGGUUCCCGCCGUCUUCACCUUGGACGACGACUUCCUGGAGACGGCACGCCUCGCCAAGCAAAAAUAUCGCGAGCCGGAACAGACCGAUCUUCUGCGCACCCUGCCACGCUUCUGGGGGAAUGAUAUGGUGGCGAUCAUGACUUCGCCGCCGCCCGGCGCGGAAGCGCCUAGCUCGCUCGGAGUCUCCAGCUUCGGUAUCAUGGACGCAUAUCUCAAACCGUCGUAUGAAGGCACUGCUGGGAGCAAGGUGGAGGUAGAAGACGCUUGGCUGGGCAUCACGCUAUACUCGCCGGACAUUCUGCUGCACUUGUGGACGUUGCAGGGCACCGUGAGGCUGCAGUGUGUAUACAAUGAGGCGUAUCACGACAAGGAGGCAGUGGCGGCGCUGCUCGAGUCUACUAGGGAUGAGUUGCUGCGAGGCUUGAGCUUGGUGGGGUAA